CAUUACCAUGCCUGAGUCAACAAACUUCGUGCCCUAUGUCAAUUACAGCCGAGGACCUUUCAUCUUUUUCACUCGCGACUUUCAUCCAAUUCCAACUUUUUUCAUCUCGCCCUCUUACAUCUUUGCAUCCCUGUCCCAAUCCCAGAGUCAUUGAAAACCCUCUCCAACUGCACAUGCACGCAAAGAGGGAAAUGGACACGUCGGCAUACGACACAACAACGCGGCACCUGCCGCGCAUCCUCUGCCUCCACGGCGGCGGCACCAACGCCUCAAUUUUCCGCACCCAAUGCCGACAGCUUUCACGGAGCCUGGAGCCGCAUUUCCGCCUCGUCUACGUCGAGGCGCCUUUUGCAUCCUUGGCGGGUCCGGGCGUCGUUCCCGUCUUUGCCGAUUCCGGUCCCUUUAAGCGCUGGUUCCCCGAUGGUGGGGAACAUUCCGACGCCGACGUCAUCUCCGCCAUCGACGCCUCGCUGCGCAAGGCCAUGGAAGACGACGAUGCGCUCGCCGGCGCGACGGGUCCGUGGGUCGGCCUGCUUGGGUUCUCGCAGGGCGCCAAGCUGGCGGCCAGUCUGCUGUACCGUCAGCAGCAGCGAGCUGUCGAGCACCCGGAACGCGUGGAGUCUGUGGGAAACUGGCGCUUCGGCGUGAUCCUGGCCGGCCGCGGGCCGCUCGUCGCGCUCGAUCUUGAGGCCUGCCGCUCCUCCAUGCUCGACAAACCGUCGUCGGUGACCAUUGCGAUGGGAGACGGACACGUGUCCACUUCCGGCGAUGCUGCAGGCGAUGGGUGCUUGCUGCGCUUGCCCACGUUGCACGUGCACGGCACCCUCGACCCGGGACUCGAGCUGCAUCGGCAGCUGUUGGAGAGGUGCUGUGCCCCUGGGACGACGCGGCUGCUCGAGUGGCCUGGCGACCACCGCCUUCCGCUCAAGUCGGCCCAUGUCGACCCGGUGGUGGCUGAGAUGGUUCAAAUGGCGGCUUCAACCGGUGUACAGGUCUAGGCCAGGUGUGUUUUGGGUUGUUAAACACCCCAGAGAGCUUUCUGCCGCUGGAUUUGGCUGGCUAGAUACCCAUGGAAGUGGGAGGGAUGAUCAAAAUCGCAAACUGCAUUUCUACUUGGCGUUGAAGUCUAUGAAUCUCUGUUGAUACAGACUGAUGAUGGGGGCAUGGCUUAUGCACUAUAAAGGUAGACAAUACAUCCAAUCGCAUCUUUCUGCGUUGAACGUAUUAAGUCCCCCAUCUACUCCUUCGGAGUAACAUUCGACCAUAUCAACUUGCUGUGAGGUAUUGGAGGCGGUAAUUUGGUGACUGCAGGGAGCUAUGAUUGAAAUGCUGUAAUUAACUUAUGGGUCCAAUCCCUGUAUUCGAACAAGGCGAUAGGGAGAAAAACGAUGUCCUUGAACGAAUUGCUAUUCCAGACGUCCGCACAGUCGUUGGAACUGGAUUAUGAA